CGGAUUAUAGGUUUAUGGAUUCAGAUGGAAAGUCUAGAAACCGUAAUGGCAGUAUGAUCUCUGAUAAUGAUGGUGCAUCCCGUAAUGACAACAUUCAUCAGGUCGAUGGUUCACGAUAUGGUCAUGGCUCUACGUUAAUGAUGAAUGAAAGACCUUCCAUGGAUGAUAAAGAUGUGAAUCCAUCAACUUCUCAUCAAAAAUUAAUUUUACCUUCACGGGGCUGGGAUGAUGUCUCUGUGUACAAUGCGAAGAAGACGCAAAAUGCUUGGUUUCAAGCCCCUGAUGGGAACUGGGAAUUGGCGAAGAUUUUAUCUGUUUCAGGGACUGAGUCACUCAUAUCAUAUUCUGAAGGAAAAGUAUUAAAGGUGCAAUCUGAUAGUCUGUUACCUGCAAAUCCAGAAAUCCUUGAUGGGGUAGAUGAUCUCAUGCAACUAAGUUAUUUGAGCGAACCAUCGGUCUUAUACAAUCUUCAAUAUAGAUAUGAUCGAGACAUGAUCUAUUCAAAAGCAGGACCUGUUUUAGUUGCCAUCAAUCCCUUUAAGAAUAUUCCAUUGUAUGGGGAUGAUUAUGUCGAAGCCUAUAAGAGGAAAUCCAUUGAUAGCCCUCAUGUAUAUGCCAUUGCUGAUACAGCUAUGCGAGAGAUGAUUAGAGAUGAAGUUAACCAAUCUAUUGUGAUAAGUGGUGAAAGUGGAGCAGGAAAAACUGAAACAGCGAAGAUAGCAAUGCAAUAUUUAGCUGCAGUUAGAGGCGGCAGUGGAAUAGAAUAUGAGAUACUGAAAACCAAUCCAAUUUUGGAGGGCUUUGGUAAUGCGAAAACAUCAAGAAAUGACAACUCAAGUCGUUUUGGGAAAUUAAUUGAAAUCCACUUCAGUGAAACUGGGAAAAUAUCGGGUGCCAGUAUCCAAACAUUUCUUCUUGAAAAGUCAAGAGUUGUUCAGUGCACGGAAGGGGAAAGGUCAUAUCAUUCGUUUUAUCAGCUUUGUGCAGGAGCUCCACCUUCUCUUAGAGAGAAAUUAAACUUGAAGAGUGUGCAUGACUACAAGUAUUUGCAGCAAAGCAAUUGCUAUACGAUCCCUGGGGUUAAUGAUGCUGAACAAUUUGGUAUUGUAAUGGAAGCUCUGGAUGUUGUUCAUGUUAGCAAAGAGGACCAAGAAAAUCUUUGUGCAAUGCUUGCAGCAGUGUUGUGGUUGGGAAAUGUAACUUUUGCAAUUGUUGAUAAUGAAAACCAUGUGGAACCUGUGAUUGAUGAAGCUCUUCUAACUGUUGCUAAAUUGCUUGGGUGUGGGGCUGAGCAACUACAGCUUGCUUUAUCCACUCGGAAAAUGACUGUUGGUAGAGAGAAAAUUAUUCAAAAGCUGACCCUAGCCCAGGCGAUUGACUCAAGGGAUGCAUUGGCAAAAUCAAUAUAUUCUGGUUUGUUUGAUUGGUUGGUGGAACAAAUCAACAAGUCACUUUCUGCGGGGAAACGUAGGACUGGAAGAUCUAUCAGUAUUCUUGAUAUCUAUGGAUUUGAAUCAUUUGAUGUAAACAGUAUAGAGCAGUUCUGCAUUAAUUAUGCAAAUGAGAGAUUGCAGCAACACUUUAAUCGGCAUUUAUUCAAGUUAGAACAGGAGGAAUAUAUCCAAGAUGGCAUCGACUGGGCAAAGGUGGAUUUUGAGGACAACCAAGAUUGUCUCAGUCUUUUUGAAAAGAAACCAUUGGGAUUACUAAGUCUCUUAGAUGAAGAAUCCACAUUCCCGAAUGGAACAGACUUGUCAUUUGCCAACAAGCUAAAGCAGCACUUGAAGUCUAAUCCUUGUUUUAAAGGAGAACGAGGCAAAGCGUUCACAGUUCGCCAUUAUGCUGGGGAAGUUACUUAUGAUACAACUGGGUUCCUGGAAAAAAAUCGUGAUUUAUUGCAUUUAGAUUCCAUUCAACUUCUGUCUUCAUGCAAAUGCAAACUUCCUCAGAUAUUUGCUUCGAAUAUGCGUUCUCAGCCUGAGAAGCCUGUGGCUGGUUCACUAAAUAAAUCAGGUGGAGUGGAUUCCCAGAAGCUUAGUGCCAUGUCAAAAUUUAAGGCCCAGUUAUUCCAGUUAAUAAAAUGUUUGGGGAAUACGAGAUCACAUUUCAUACGUUGCAUUAAGCCCAAUAACACCCAUUCUCCUGGAAUUUACAAUCAAGGACUUGUACUGCAGCAGCUAAAAUGUUGUGGUGUUUUAGAAGUUGUUCGAAUAUCAAGAUCUGGCUAUCCAACAAGAAUGACCCAUCAAAAAUUCGCAAGGAGGUAUGGAUUUCUUCUUCUCGACCAUGUUGCCUCACGAGAUCCACUAAGUGUGUCAGUUGCCAUUCUUCAACAAUUCGGUAUCCUUCCUGAAAUGUAUCAAGUUGGCUAUACAAAGUUGUUCUUUCGAACUGGACAGAUUGGUAGGCUUGAGGAUACACGAAAUCGUACUCUCAAUGGUAUAUUACGUGUUCAAAGCUGCUUUCGAGGUCACAAAGCCCGGCAUCUCCUGAAGGAGAAAAAACGAGGAAUUUUCACUCUCCAGUCCUUUGUUCGUGGUGAAAAAGAUAGAAAGGAAUUCGCUAUCUUAGUACGGAGAAGAAGAGCAGCUGUGCUUAUACAAAAGCGGGUCAAGGCAAUGAUAAUCAGGAAAAAGUUCAGAGAAUUUAAUGGUGCAUCAGCUGUGUUACAAGCCGUUAUUCGUGGAUGGCUAGUCCGGAAAUGCACAGGCGACAUUGCGCUGCUUCAAUUUGGUCCUGAAAAGGGUAAUGGAUCAGAAGACGUACUGGUGAACGCAUCGUAUCUUGCGGAUCUACAACGACGAGUUCUUAAAGCCGAGGUUGGUUUACGAGAGAAAGAAGAGGAAAGGGAUAUCCUUUUGGAACGGCUCCAACAAUACGAGAGCCGUUGGUCAGAAUACGAGGAUAAAAUGAAGUCCAUGGAGGAAACAUGGCAAAAACAAAUGAACUCCCUUCAAGCGAGCCUAGCUGUAGCCAAGCAAAGCCUCAGCAUGGAGAAUCCUUCUGAUGGUUCAGUAAACACAACAUCAUCAAACAAUGAGAGCUUGGAUACACAAAGUAACGGCCAAAGCCAAUCGACAGCCGGGCUGAGUUUGAUCAGCCGGUUAGCCGAAGAGUUUGAGCAGCGGAGCCAAGUGUUCGGAGACGACGCAAGGUUCUUGGUGGAGGUCAAGUCAGGUCAAGUGGAGGCAAAUUUGAACCCAGAUAAUGAGCUUAGAAGGCUGAAACAGAUGUUUGAAGUGUGGAAGAAGGAUUAUGGGGCAAGAUUGAGGGAGACAAAAGUAAUUUUAAACAAGCUUGGCAAUGAAGAAAGUGGUGGUGGUGACAAGGUUAAAAAGAACUACUGGUGGGGAAGGCUCAACAGCUCAAGGGUUAAUUGACUUCUCUAAACCUUUGUUUGUUUGAGUUCAUAACUACUAUUCACCAUUCACCAUCUGAUUGAUUUUGAUUGCUUGCUAUGCUUUGAGAUGUUAUUGGUGCUUUUACCAUGAA